CGCGCGGCGACUCCACCAGCACCGUGAGCUUGACAAGUCCGACCCCAAAUGUGCCCGGCUGACAAUGCGACAGUAUAAGACCAUCCGGAUCUUACGCUGACCUUGGCGAUCUACGCCUUUCGCCCUCUGCCAGUCGUUCGCUCUCAACUCACGCAGGAUGACCCGACGAAACGUCACUCCAGUCCUCGCGCUAAUCCUCACGCUAUCCGUCAUCGCAUUCUUCUACUCGGGCAUAGACUCUAGCCAGGGAUGGCGGGGUCUACCACAACACAUCGGUCUAGGAGACCACAUUGGCAGUGACGAGCGGCCACCUCUGAGUACCGGCACCGCCGAGCCCUCGAAAGAUGCGACCCAAGACCCAGACUAUGCGAACUGGAACCCGACCCCCGUAUUCAAGCCAGGCUCGCCAAUGGCUGCAGAACACAAUUAUACCUCGACGCUGGUGAUUGCCAAGACGAAGCAUGAGAGUAUUGGCUGGAUCCUAGACAAGAUGCCGGAGCAACAGACAGCUGUCUACGUAGCCGACGACCCCUCCGCACCGCUGCAUCCUCCCAAGAACAAGGGACACGAGGUCAUGAUAUAUCUCUCGUGGAUCAUUGACAACUACGACAACCUCCCCGACGUCGCCAUCUUCAUGCACGCGCACCAGCUGUCCUGGCACAAUGACGAGAUCCUCGGCAACGACGCGCAUCUACUCAUAAGUCGACUCAACCGAGCCCGCGUUUGGAGAGAAGGCUUCGUGAACAUGAGGUGUAGCUGGAAUCCUGGGUGUCCCGAUUGGAUGCACCCGGCGGAAACUGAGCUGAACCCUCAGAAGCAAGAAGAGAUACUCCUAGCCAAGUCGUGGAGCGAGCUCUUCCCCCUCGACGAAGUACCUACCGUUCUCGCACAACCUUGCUGCGCACAAUUCGCCCUCUCACGAGAACGCAUACAAGCAAAGCCCUACGCGCAAUACGUCUGGUACAGAGACUGGCUAUUCAACACACGUCUAGAAGACCGCCUCAGCGGACGCAUCUGGGAAUACGUAUGGCAAUUCGUCUUCACAGGCCAGAACGUCUUCUGCCCCAAAGAACACAUUUGUUUCUGUGAUCAAUACGGAUCUUGUUUCGGCGGCGAAGAGCAAUACGCGAAUUUCAUUGCCCUCAAGAACGAACUCGGAGCCCGGGAAAGGGAUCUCAGAGAGUGGGAGGAGAAGCGCAAGGCCAUAGAAGAAGCAACGCGAGACAACGAUCAGACUAAGCUGCAAGAUCUGGAAUUACCAGAGGUAGGGAAAGAUGCUGAAUUUAGACGGGAGAUUGAUCGCCUGAGACCUAUUGUCGAUGGCUUGAAACAUGAUGCUGAAGUGAGAGGGCAGGAUCCGAGGAUGAGGGCUGAGGAGGUGGGGAGGGAGUGGCAUGAGGGGGAUGGCUUUUAAAUAUUCUUUUUGAUACCCUGGGUUUUUAGCCGGCGUCUCAUGUCGUGCUGUAUGGCGUUGGUUUCCAUGAUCUUAGAAGGGCGUUUUAGCAUGCUAUUCGGGGAGGGAUACUUUGUUGUAAGAAAGUGAAUAGUACAUCGUACACCACGUACAUACCAUACUCCAGUCCUUUAAUCUUACCAUUUCAUCAUGCGAA